AUGGCUGCUUCGAAUGCUGACGCGCAAGCGUCCGGCUUGGCUGAUGGCCUGAACCCAGCGCAUACCUACAUUCCCAACCAGGGCUAUGUCAACCCAGACGGCUCCCUCCCCGCUAUGGCGGGGCAAGACUCUGCGGCGCAACAAAAUGAAGACGAAGAGGAUGACUACUAUGAUGAUAUCUUCGAAGAAGAACUCGAUGAAGAAGACUUCACCUCGUCGAAUCCCGCCGACCUAACGAAAUCCUACAAUCGCCAGCGCAAAACGAACGAGCUCUCUGCGGACCCGAAUACUCCCAAGUGGACUUUACCGAAGACGAACACCCAGAAACCGUCCGUCAACACUCGCGCCUCUGUGGACGAUCAAGUGAAGUCAUUGACGAAGCAUGCCGGCAAGAUCAAGUUGGACGAUAUGCAAUCAGGCAUGGCGACCCGCGGUGAUCGGGGUGGUGACAGGGCGGACCGCGCUACCUCCGAACAGGUGCUGGAUCCCCGCACCCGUAUGAUUCUGCUACAGAUGAUCAACCGGGAGAUUGUCUCCGAGAUUCACGGCUGUCUGUCGACCGGUAAAGAAGCCAACGUUUACUACUCUAUCUCAUACCCCGAUAACGAGGAGACGCCCCUCCACCGCGCCAUCAAGGUCUACAAGACAAGCAUUCUCGUCUUCAAGGACAGAGACAAGUAUGUCACUGGUGAAUUCCGUUUCAGACAAGGAUACAGCAAGAGCAACAACCGGGCAAUGGUCAAGCUGUGGGCGGAGAAGGAAAUGCGUAACCUGCGCCGUAUCUACGCCGCCGGCAUCCCCUGCCCCGAACCCAUCCACCUGCGCCUCCACGUCCUGGUCAUGGGCUUCGUCGGAAACUCCAAGGGUAUCGCCGCUCCCAGACUCAAGGACGUUGAGUUCAACAUCCCCGACCCCGAUGCCAAAUGGCGCGAGAUCUACAUGGAGUUGCUUGGCUACAUGCGCGUGAUGUACCAGACCUGCCACCUGGUCCACGCCGAUCUGAGUGAAUACAACAUGCUCUACCACAAGAACAAGCUCCACAUCAUCGAUGUCAGUCAGAGUGUUGAGCACGACCACCCCCGCAGUUUGGAAUUCCUGCGUAUGGAUAUCAAGAACAUCAGCGACUUCUUCCGCCGCAAGAACGUUGACGUCCUCACCGAACGGGCCGUCUUCGAAUUCGUUAUCUCAAGCGAUGGCCCUACCACUGCCACGCCCGCAGAGCCAAUGCUUGAGGCCAUCGAGCACCUGUUUGCCACCCGCAACAACAACACCGAAGGCGAGACAGAAGUCGACACUGCCGUCUUCCGCCAACAAUACAUCCCUCAAACCCUGGAACAGGUGUAUGACUUCGAGCGCGACGCCGAGCAAGUCCGCGCCGGUAAGGGUGACGACCUCGUUUACCGGGACCUUCUCGCAGGCGAGAAGAAGAAGAAGGCAGAAGACCACGAGGAGGAGGGCGAUGAGGAAGAAGGUUCCGAAGCCGGCUCUGACGGCGGCGUAUCCGUCGACGAGGGAUCCGACUCGGAAGAUGGAGAAAAAGACCCGUUCGCGAAGAAAGCGCCCCGCGGUAAGCGGUUCGAAGAUAAGGACGAGAAGCGCGACCACAAGCAAAAGGUCAAGGAGGAGAAGCGCGAGAAGCGCGCAAAUAAGAUGCCGAAGCAUAUGAAGAAACGUCUUGUUUCUUCGUCUUCGAGAAAGAAGAAAUGA